ACACAACCAGAUAAAUAUCGCAGUUCGGUUUGUUUCAGGUCAAUCUGAGGGUUUUCAGACAUUUUAAGAGUUACUAUCGUGGGCUUUUCAGUGAAGCGAUGAAGAAAAUGUUUCUCAAGUUAGUUUUGCUCUGUUUGUGGCAUCUGGAUGGAGUGUUUGGUCAUGAUGUAGUACAUUAUGUACGGAGGAGAGUGUUUGAGGGAGAUACAGUCACUCUUGACUAUGAUCUUAAUGAAAUUAAGGAUAAUGAUGUGAUUCAGUGGAGGUUUGGAGAUGAUGAAAACACUGUAAUAGCUGAAAUCAUUAAACGGGACGACAGGUUCACGGUAUAUGAUGACGUUCUUGAUGGGAGAUUCAGAGACAGACUGAAGCUGGACAAACAAACUGGAUCUCUGACCAUCAUAAACAUCACAAUGAAACAUACUGGACUUUAUAAACUAAAGAUCAACAAUAAGAAAGUUCAUUUCUUUCUCAUUGUCACUGUGUCAGUGAUGGAGGGAGAUUCAAUCACUAUAAACUCUCGUCUUACUGAAAUGAAGGAUGAUGAUCUGAUUCGGUGGAGGUUUGGAAAAAUUUUAAUAGCUGAAAUCAAUAAACUGAACAACAGAAUCACUGUAGAUGAUGAUGUUCUUGAUGGGAGAUUCAGAGACAGACUGAAGCUGGACAAUCAAACUGAAUCUCUGACCAUCACAAACAUCACAAUGAAACAUGCUGGAGAAUAUGAACUAGAGAUCAACUAUAAGACUGUUGCUUUCUAUCUCGCUGUCAUCGUGUCAGUGAUGGAGGGAGAUUCAGUCACUCUAAACUGUCCUCUUAAGGAAAUGACGGGUGUUGUUCUGAUUCGGUGGAGGUUUGAAAACACUCCAAUAGCUGAAUUUGAUAAACGGGUCGACAGAAUCACUGUACGUGGUGAUGAUGUUCUUGAUGGGAGAUUCAGAGACAGACUGAAGCUGGACAAACAAACUGGAUCUCUGACCAUCACAAACAUCACAAUGAAACAUGAUGGAGAUUAUAAACUACAGACCAACACUUUCUUCUGGCGUUCUUUUAUUCGUCUCAUGGUCUACGCUCGUCUGCCUGUUCCUGUCAUCAGCAGUAACUCUUCACAAUGUUCAUCAUCAUCAUCAUUCAUGUGA